UCGUGAGAAGAGAGGGUGGAGCACGGAAGAAAAAUAAGCCCUUGUUCUUGCCUAGGUCAGCGACAAUCUAGGGCAAUCGAUCCACACGAUCGAUCGGUCACUCCACUGCCCGGCUCCCGGGAGCUCCAACAGCCAUGUAAAGACUUUGGAACAGGAAAAACCCUAGGGUUCUUUCGUGCGUGGGACUGAUUCCUCUCUCUCGCUCUCUUUCUCUCUCCUUUCUCUUCUCCAGCUCCAUGGGAUGGCGGCGAUGGUGAGGGAUUGCUGAUUCGCAGGCGGGCGGCCGAAUCAUGCAGUGCUCGCCCUCUUGCGAGCUGAGGAUGCCGACGCCCCAGAUCGUGUGGAAGUUGAAAGCAGGUACUAGCAGUAGCUAUAGGCAAUCACAGCAUCGGCUCAACGUUUUGUUUGGAAGGGCCAAGGCCGCCGCAGCCUAUCCCGUCUAUUCUUCGGCCAAGACCGCCAUUGGUGGCGCUGCACGGGGUACGCGAAGAGUGCCACCAUCGUCUUCGUCUUCCUCGAGUUCUUCCAGCGCCGAUUCUUCCAAUUUCGAAGAGGGCGCUCCGCUUUCGGUGUCCGAGGCAUUCUCUCGGGCAUUCGCCACUCCCUCGGUGUUUGGUCCGGCUUGGCAGAGCUGUAGCUACCAGUCGUGGCAACUUUUGGUCGAUGGAAGGUUGCCGGUCUCUUUCUCGGGGAAGAACUCCGGGGGUAGUUCGUCGUGCGUGGCGAGAGGGGGCGGGGCAGUGUGUGAGUUCCAACUGGACGGUGGUGGAGGUGGCAAGGAAGGGAGAGAUUCCUGGUCCAAGUGGAUCGAGAAUACUUUCUCCUCCUCGAGAGGGACAGGGAGUCGUGGCCUUCUCCAUGACACUGCUGCGUAUCAUUGCUUCCGGCUUGGCCAGGGAGCUUUCGACAAGGACGCCGCAAGCUCGCGGAGAUUGUCUCAGCACAACUCCAGCUCCAAGGAGGCUGAUCUUCUCUCGCCAGGGAUAGUUUUGGACUCCGACACUGAGGGGAAUGUUUCAGGCUGCUCGGAGGGGACUGCUGGACAAAGUAGACCACUGACGCUGGUCUCGGGUGCGUGCUAUCUUCCUCAUCCAGACAAACAAGCCAAGGGUGGCGAAGAUGCGCAUUUCAUCUGCGACAACGAGAAAGUCGUGGGUGUUGCCGACGGUGUUGGCGGCUGGGCCGACGUUGGAGUGGACGCUGGCCAGUACGCGAGGGAACUUAUGGUGCAGUCCAUCAUAGCCGCGCAGCAAGAGCCUCACGGGCUGGUCGACCCUGUCAGGAUUCUCGUGAGAGCUCACUCGAAGACGAAGUGUAAGGGGUCAUCCACAGCAUGCAUUCUAGCUCUCUCGGACAAUGGGCUUCAAGCAGCAAACCUUGGUGACAGUGGCUUCAUCGUGCUGAGAAACGGGAAAACAGUGUUUAAGUCGCCAGUUCAACAACACCUUUUCAACAUCCCGUAUCAACUCGAGCACGGCGGCAGCGAUCCACCGACUUGCGCACAGGUGUUCUCGGUGCAAGUUGCUGCCGGAGAUGUUAUAGUCGUGGGAACGGACGGCCUGUUCGACAACGUGUAUGAUACAGAAGUAGCCAGCGUCGUCGUUCAUUCGACUCGAUCGGGAUUUGGGCCGCAGCUUACAGCGGAGAAACUGGCGACUCUUGCCAAAGCGAGCGCUCUGGACAGGAAUCGCCAGACUCCAUUCGCGGCGGCGGCCCAAGACGCUGGAUAUCGCUUCCAUGGUGGCAAAAUGGACGACAUCACGGUGGUGGUCUCGUACAUAGCCAGCCGGGGGUAAGGAAAAUUCCUUUGUGUUUGUAUGAAUAGCUAGCAACGAGGCCGCGCAGUGGCCUGGACAAGUUUUCUAAACGAUGGUGCCGAUACACGAAUAAAAUUCGAGCUUUUGGCUA